AGUUUGUGUACACGUCUCGCGGUGCAUUGUUGUUUCGCGCUAGGCGCUAAUCUCCUUUGUAUUCACGAGCUGGCUGGAUGUCAUAACCGACAAGUCUUGACGCGACACAGUCGUGUGUUUUCUACACCUUGUGACAAACAGAUUUCACACCGCAGUUUUGUAUUACUCCGGAGAGUGUUCCGCCAUGUUGAAGUUUGCAGUCAAGAGGAAACCGGUCGAGUUAUUUCACGAAGCGGUUGGUGUCAAGGACAUUUUCAGGGUGCAGUUUCUCCUUGAACAGAGCGAGUCACAAUUUCACGUCGAUGAUAUCGACGAAGAUGGCAUUACCGCUCUGCAAAGGUGUUCAUUUACGGGAAACUUAAAAUUAGUGCAACUGCUCGUGAGUCAUGGCGCUGAUCUUAACAUACAGGAUAAAGAGGGUUGGAGCGUUCUGCAUGCUGCUUCAGUAGCACGAAAUCAUUCCAUCAUCCGAUAUCUCAUAACCAUGGGCGCUCCAGUGGAGUUAGAGAACGACCAAGGAGAACUGGCGAUCGAUCUGGCGCAAGAUCUGCAAUCGGUUCUAAUUCUCGCCGAAGCUAUGCGAAGGAGAGGGAAAACUAGAGAAGUCGAGCAGUUCUUGAAAAGGAGGCCCGAUAUAAGAGAGCUAAUAGAGGAAAAGGCGCAGCAAAGUGAUUUAACCAGUUUGAUAAAAGAGCCGCGCAAGAGAGCGACAAGCGAAAUCAUUUUACCUAAAAAUAUUUCGUCGGCUGAAUCGCAAAAAAGGCGCAGUUCCUUACAACCUAGAGUUCCGACCGCAAAUGUCAAGAUGCGAGAUAAAGAUCAGGAAAGGUUAAUGGAUGUUUCAAGCUUCAGUGGGCCCAGCAGGGUUGAGUUACCCUCUCAAGAUCAAGAUACACAUACCAAAAACCGACUGAGCUGGGACGUCGGUUGUAAGGACACGGUUUGCCUUAAAUGCGGAAAGCGCCGACGGGAAGUCUUCAAACGACAAUCGACAUCAUCUUUGUGUUCUAACUCAUCUGACUCAUCGAGUUCAUCCGAUUCCGCGUACAGUUCGACAUCGACAAAUUCUGCCGCGAAUGUGUACUCUUUCGAGAGAGGAGUAAUAUCUUCACCCAGGCAAAACAACGAUACAAGAGUGGAGAACUUUACUCAAGAUCGUAAACGUGCGUCGUCUGUUAACGUUUUCUCAGAUCCCGGAAAUCCUCCUAACCGCGAGUUUCCAACUAAUGCACAGUUUCAAUCACGGCGUAAUUCAUCCCCUGCCACGUACUUACACAGUGAUCGAUAUAAUACGUUUUACGGAGAAUCGAAAGCGGGUUUUACGAUUGCGAGUGCGAUCAGCCACCAAGUUACAAACGUGAACGAGUUGAAUAGUAAUGGCGUUUCACUCCUCCACGAAGCCGCAGCGAAAGGUGAUACGGAAGGAGUAAAAUUACUUUUGGAACAUGGCGCCGAAGUAAACAGGCAAUCUUUGAACGGAAGCAGUCCUAUCCACGAGGCUGUUAGAGAAGGAAAUGUUGUGACGGCUUCUAUACUGAUCGAACACGGCGCGGAUUUAUUUUCUGAGACAGACAACGGCUUGUUGCCAGUAGAUAUGGCCAAAGACAUUGAAAUCAAACGCUUCAUUGAAAAUGCGAUGGCUUUGAAAUAAUUGAAUUCAACUGCAGUUUACAAUAACAGUUUAUCUGGAAUUUCCAGACCAAGUAUUUAUCAAAAUAUUAAGGAAACUAUAUUUUUUGAAAUAACCAUGUACUUUACUAUAUCAAUUGUAACUCAGCAGUAUUAGACGACUGAGGUAAAACUACCAAAGAUACAACAAAAAAAAAAACCUCUACAUUGCGUCAAAAUGUGUAUAAGCCAGUAUAACUUCGCAUUAAAAUUGCAAUUACAAUUAUGUUUUCAGGAAUCUCCCACAAUGUUUACUUUAGUCGGCGGGAAAAGGUGAUGGACCGACAAUUAAAAACCAAACGAGAAAUUUUUAAUUUCGCGAGCAAAAUUUGCUUUUUGUCAAGUUGGCGGCAAAAAUUUGCCGCAACUUUCCCGCGGCACAAAAUAAUACAAAAACACUGUAUCACUCAUACUCAAUAUUGGAACGAAAGGCAUAGAAACGUACUUUCGCACAAUUUAUGGACAUCGAUGCUAAUGUUAGCGAGUGACAUCGAAAUUUCCUGAUUCAUUCACCUCUGGACAAACUCGCCUUUCACUAGUUUUUGUUCGAGGACUUAGCACAGCAGCAAAUGGCUUUAUUACGAGCUUAAUCUGGCAAAUGACAAAUAUUCCGAUCGGAAAGAUUAUUUUUCUGUAAAGAAAGCCUAAA